CCUGUACUGGCCCUGCUGGGAUGCCGUAGUGGCGGUUGCUGUGGAGCCGACGGGCGCGGAAAUUCCUGUGAGGGUCCGGAAACUUUAUUGCAACUCGGAGCAGAGGGAGAGGGGAAGAGCGCUGAAACACAGCAAAUACCGGGGCGAAGGACCUCAAACACACCGGGAAUUGAACAGCGACAGCGGACAGGCACGCCACCCUGGAGAGAGUAGCAGAAGAAGGCGACAGACGAGGUCGAGUGAACUAGGAGCUGCCAUGGAGGAGAGUAUCCGCUUGGUGUCGUCGGGGGAGGAUAUAAAGAUCUGGAACUCAUCGUCGAUGACAGUAGUGGAUCAGUUCAACCCCCAUGCCUCCGCUCACCCUGUCUCCAGAGUCUGCUGGAGCAGCAACAAUCAUUUCCUGGUCAGUGCCUGUGCUAGUGGGGAUAAAAUUGUGGUAUCGAGCUGCAAGUCCUCCCCAGUCCCUGUUCUGGACCUUGCUGAAGGGAAAAGGCAGACCUGUGUCAAUUUAAAUUCCACGUCCCAGUUCAUUGUGAGUGGUGGCCUUGACAACACCGUCAACAUCUGGGAUCUGAAAUCUAAGAAGCUGCACCGUUCCCUCAAGGAUCACAAGGAUGUGGUUACCUGUGUGUCCUUCAAUGGAAACGAUAGCUACAUUGCUUCUGGGUCAACAAGUGGUGAAAUUAUAUUGCACAGCAUUACCACCAACCUGUCCAGCACUCCUUUUGGUCAUGGGAGCACACAGCCUAUCCAGGAUUUGAAAUACUCGUAUGUGAAGAAGUCCCUGAUGGGCAGUGUGUCUGACAGUGGCACAGUGGUUCUAUGGGACGCCAACACUCAGAAACCCCAGCACACCUUCGAAGGCGCUCACAAGGCUCCAGCCUGCGGGCUGUGCUUCUCUCCCGCUAACGAGCUGCUGUUUGUCACUGUGGGGUUAGAUAAGAGGAUCAUCUGCUAUGACACUUCCAGCAAGAAGGUCCUGCGAGGCAUGGUGGCAGAGUCCCCCCUCACUGCGAUAGACUUCAUGCCGGACGGAGCGGUCCUGGCGGUGGGCUCGUCCCGAGGGAAGAUCUACUUGUAUGAUCUCAGGAUGCUGACAUCUCCAGUGAAGACUGUGUCUGCCCACAAGACGUCUGUGCAGUGCCUAAAAUUCCAGCACUCCCCCUCCCAGACCAAGUCAAGUAGCAAAACUUCUGCAAGCAAGUCCUCCACUACUCUGUCUGCCAGCACCUAUAAGAGAGCUACAGUCCAGAGCAGCACAAGAGAGGCUCUCCAGAAACCAGCAGCACCAGCAGCCCAGCACACAUCCGGUACACCGGCAUCCGGGGAGAGAGGAGACGGGAGGCAAGAUAACUCAGCAGAAAUGCCUCGCAGCACCAGCCUGGAUGUCUUCCCAUCAAAAGAGACAGACAGUCUGAAGAGCAUUAACCGCUUCCCCAGCUUGGAAAAAUUCGACACCGUGGGGAGAAACAGCCUGAGUGACGUGCUCUCUCCAGUGCGAGACGAUUACACCACACAGAAAGGAAGCGGAGACUGCUCGAAAGGAGAUGGGCUGGAUUUCCUCUCACAGUUCACCAGUGGGCUGCCUGCCCGCAGAGCUCCUCUGGGGACCUCCGAGGUGCAGACCAGCCCUUUCAUCAUGUUCGGGAACUCCCCGCAGCCAGUUCGAGAGGAGGAGGAGGAGGAGCCCAAACCAGGCCGGGCACAGCUGGGACUCCAGGACACCGAGCUGUCUAAGAUUUCAAGCAGCUCCACCAUCGAGCCAGUGAGCAUGAACACUCCAGGGAUGCUGGCCAGCUUUAAAUCUCCAGACAUGAGGGGGAAGGAUGUCCAGACGAAGCUGCAGUACGAAUCUCCAGUGAACGGAGCACUGCCUUCUGUGCCAAUUUUGAGCCCAAGCCCGGGAGUUUCUGCUGCUGGAGUGGCUUCCUCCUUGUCGGAGAGGAUUGCCGAUACCAUCGGCAGUGACAGCAGCAGUGCGCCGCUGACCUCCAUUCAGAUCCACUUCAUCAGGAACAUGAUCCAGGAGACACUGGAAGACUUCAGAGAGUCCUGUCACAGGGAUAUUGUGAACCUGCAGGUGGAGAUGAUCAGGCAGUUCUAUAUACAGCUGAAUGAAAUCCACUCUCUGAUUGAAAGGUACUCCGUUACCGAUGUGCUAGUGGCAGAAAUUGAAAAGCUGAAAGAGGAAAACAAAAAACUCAGGACCAAUUUCUGAAAGCUGCCCCUUUGUGCCGACAGGGCUGUGCUCGGCUAGUCCCAGCAUAGCUAUGGAGGAUAUUUCUAUGUGAACAAACAUGCAUGUUUUCAGAGGCCCUGCCUAGUGCUGGGGUGGGGUGAGUGAAGAGAUUGAUGAGCUUCUUUAUAAAGGAGCGCUUCCUCUGUGAAGGGAGCUGACUGCUCCCACGAGAGAGCUCUCCUCUGUGGUAAAACAAAUGGUGCCUUGAUAUAUUGUAACGUAUCAUUCAGUUUAGGAAUCUGUCCCUUAACAGAGUGAGCUUUGUCAUGUUCGUGAAGCUUCAGAAGACUCUCUGUGCUAUUACCUGUGUUUGGGUAGAGUCCCCAGUUUGCAGGAAGCUAUGCAGAUUAUCUUAACCAGUACUCCUCUCUACCUCUUUGUAACGAGAGUUCCUGCAGUAACUCUUCCCUCUUAUACCUCACUCUAAUGCACUAGUCAAGCAUACCUUCUGUAUUUGUAAGCAGUUGUUUAUAACAAUUUGCAAGGUAUAAACAACUUUUAAUCCUUUUAAUCCUUUAUAAAGUUGUGAUUCUACAGAUGUGUUUACUGGUGUCCUGACUCAUCUGCAGAUGUCAUAUGGCUACUGAUCUUCAUUAUUUGGUAACCCAUCUGGUAAUUAAGACACAUGUGACUUCCUUUUGGUCAGUAGAACUCAAUAGAGCAGUUUGCACCCCCUGGCUUGUGAAACUCGGUAAGUAGUCUCGUUAGAUAUCUUGGUAGAUGCUAGCACCGGCCUUUAUGGCAGGGAUGGAGAUUCAGGUCAAGAUUGGUCUGGUGCGGGCUUUGUGGAAAAAAGUACUUUACUAUAGCCCCUCGAACAGCAGCUGCUAAUUCAACUCACAAACACCAACAACUUUGACAAGUCAAAUCUGCCAGUUUAUUGAACAUUGCAUUGAAAGCAAAGUGGAUAUUGUUCUAAAACAAUGUUGUUUCCUUUAUUUAAAAUUGUAAUGUAUUUACACAGCUAGAAACGCCAAGUGAAGCCUAAUCUGCUGCUUUGAAUUGACACUCAGUAGAGCAGGAUUUCACGUUUCUUAAUGUUUUACUGUGUAGUGUUAAAGAAACCCUUUGCAGACCACACCUUUGUUUUUGCAUGUGGGGAUUUGCAUGUGGGGAUCAGCAGGUUUUAAAGCUCCUUUCUAAAUCCUCCCACCCCCACAUUGCAAACCGUUUCAAUUGCAGACAUGCUACAGUAGGGCAGAGGUGUCCAGCCCAGGUCCUGGAGAGCCACAAUCCAGCAGGCUUUAUAGGUAACCCGUAAAUCAUCCAUUUCUGAACAAUGGAAGUUGUUGAUCAAUUUAGCACGUUACUGUUUAAUUAAAUCAAGAGUGGUCGGCUCUGGUUCUCAAGAACUGCAUUUGUUUCAGAUUAUCUCUAAAUUAUUUAAUUGAGCAAAUUACUACUUAAAUUGAAAAAAAUACUGCUAUUAACUAGUCAAAAUUAAAUUGUACAGUCUUCAGAAACUGAUGAUUUAAAGGUUAUACAAGGAACUACAUUGCCCAUCAUCCUCCUGCUCCCUGGUAAAUCCAUCUGUUAUGUAUGUGAGCAGGAGAAUGAUGGGAAAUGUAGU